CGCUGGCUGUUUUGAUUAUUGGCUCCAACGUGCCAUAUUUUACCCCGAGGCCUCCUUUAAUUGCCCUUAUGGGAUUGCGCGCACGUGUGUAACCAUGGCAACCUUGACCUUUGACCUCGUGGGUUGAGCAAUAAAUCGGGGUGUGGCGGUGAUGAGUAUUGCAACAGACAAUGGAAUGAGCUCAUUCAGUCAGAAACGCACAGCACAAACUGAAGCGUAUCAUUCCUCUACAUUAAUUAGAGCCGUGCCUGUGGGAAUUUUCAUUUCACUUGGAGUUAAGUGCUUUAUUUAUUUCUGUUUCUUUUUUUUGUUUAUUUAUGUUUGUUUAUUUAUUUUUGUUAAGCUUUUUAACCAACAGUUUGUCAGAAAAACAUCCAGUUUACACAGUUUGGAAGCUUAUACAAUGCAGCAUUAUGAAACGUAUGCCUGAAUGUUUAAACACAAACCACUUUUGGACAAAACUGUAAUAUUUUAGCAAUUUAUAAAGAUAUCAGUGCGUCACACAGUGUCAGAAACCACAUAAGCACAUCUAAGAGAGAUUACUUAACACUUGAAACAGUGAGGGAAUUGUGUGAUUUAGACAUGCGGUUAGCAUGAUGCUAAUUGGUGGGCUAUAAGCUUCCAUUAUUUGUUAGCUGCAUUAGCCUUGUAGCUCCAAAAAAUAAAGAAGCAAACUUUAGACACCAAACAUGUCUUGAAUGAUCAAGUACAUUUUGAGGGAGAAAUUUUAGUAAAUUAGACUUUUUUGCCAAACUAUCACUUUAAAGAAGAAAAACAAGUCCUUCAAAGACCUAGAAAUUCUUGGCUGUUUGAGGGUCGACUCUCCUGUUGCAAGACGUUGAGUUAAUUGUAUUAAAAGUCCACAUUCGCUGAGCCCCUUAUUGUCAUUACUGAUUAUCAUCUCCAUUUGUUUCACUUUUUGAGCCAAAAAAUCAGCUUCGGUCCCCUCAGGCCACAAAAGCACAGGAUCUGUCUUUGUUUAAUGUAAGACAUGCACACUCAGUAUGGACCUUUUGAGUUAUAUGUACUGACACAGCCAUUUACCAGUGCUUUAGUGAUUUGAAUUGAAAUCUUUGUUUGAAUAUUGCAGUGUCAGCAUCACCGAUUCAUCAUGUUCAAUAAUAUGCUGGUUUAAAGCGAUACUAAAAAAACAAGCUCUUCCUCGAACUUUUUUGGGGGGUAAACUCUCUUAACUCAAAUGUAGUUGAUCAGGAAAGACAUGUUUGUUGUCUGAAGUGUUCUUAUUUAGUUUUACACUGGAGAUAGAAGGCUUAGGGCUGAAAGAUUAAUUGUUUUUAUAUCAAAAUCACAAUUAGGAGUGCAAUUUUUAAACCACAAGAGCUGUUAUUGCUAUUAUAGUUUGUAUUAUCAAUUUUAAGUGGGGAAUUUUAACCUAAUAAGACUGUGACCCACGUGUAGAUGAGUUAGACCAAUCAGAAGCAACCAGACGUCUAUCUGCUGUGACAUCACAACCACAGCUGACUGGCAGUCUGGCACAGUGUGUCCAGUGUUCACGCUUCAAGCCAGAAAAAGUGGAUAUUCUGUAUCUUCUUGGCCAACAUGUCACCAAUUUUUAGUCACAGCAUUUUUCAGAAAAAUUGCAAGUGGCUAUUUUCCCCUGAAUCGUCCCUAGAUUUUCACCAGUGUCGAUAAAUCUGUGGAGCUGUGAUCCGUAGCUGUAAAUUACAAUCCACUUGUUUUAUAGGUCUCUCAGUUCCACAGUAAAAUUGUUAAUAUCAGAGGUUUCAUAUCAAUUAAAUAUUUUCCCCAAAUCAUUCAGCCCUAACAAGGCAAAUGUAGCUAAUGUAAUGGAAGUUUAUGUCCAUCGAUUAGUGUUAUGCUAACUCUCUGAGAGACCUGUGUGGUUUCUGGGCCUGUUUGAUCUUCUGUUAUCUAUAAAAAUGGGCAAAACAUUGCAUAGCUAGCAUAGCCACCAUCUUUAAGCCCUUAUUGUCUCCUUAUUGUUAUUAUUUUUAUAUAUAUCAGUAUCAUACUGUGUCAGAAACCACAUAAGGAAUGCAUGAUUUAGGCCUGUGCAAUAGAUAAUCAUAAGCUUCCAUUGUUGUUUCUUUCCUUGUAACUCCAAAGAAGCAAACCUCAGACACCAACUGUGUCUUGGCUGACUGACUACAUUUGAGGAAAGCUAAUGAAAAAGAGGCAGGGCUGGUCAGGAAGGAUUUGAGAAGAGAAUGAAUAUAUCGCCAUCAUGGAAAUUUAAGAUGUCGACGAACAGAAUCAGGUUUAUCGGCCAGAACAACGAUCCCUUGAACAUGGGUUUCCAUGGAUACCCCUCAGCCAGUCAGGGUUCACAAGACACUAUGGGUGCUCAGGAGGGCCUUGUUCCACCACCCUUCUCCGCCUUCCCUCCCCCUCCCCCUCCGCCGCCCCAGAAUGGCCUGCCGCUGGAGUUCGGGGCCAGCAGCCUGUACUCUGCAGGGGGACAGGGGCAAGUGGAGCCGACGGCAGGGAUCAGUAACCCCCCCUCCGCCCCCAGCACUCUCAACACACAACAGUUGUCAGAUGGAUCCCCCCAGGCAGAUAACCAGUGUGUAUCUGGUGGGGGUUCAGGCGUAUCUGGGGCUGAAGACUCUGCAGAGGGCAAAGUCACCCCGAAACGCCUCCACGUCUCUAACAUCCCCUUCCGCUUCAGAGAUCCUGACCUGCGGCAAAUGUUUGGGCAAUUUGGAAAAAUCCUGGACGUAGAGAUCAUUUUCAACGAGAGAGGCUCCAAGGGCUUCGGCUUCGUGACGUUCGAGAGCAGCGUGGAUGCGGAGAAGGCCCGAGAGAGGCUGCACGGCACCAUCGUGGAGGGCCGGAAGAUCGAGGUCAACAACGCUACAGCUCGAGUGAUGACCAAUAAGAAGCUGGUUAGCCCAUAUGCUAACGGAGAGGGACUUAAUGCUCUCCCUUAUGUAGCUGGGUGGAAGCUGAGCCCAAUGGUGGGAGCGAUGUACGGCCCAGAGCUCUACGCAGGUGAGACACUGGUUCCAGGGUUUCCAUACCCUACUGCAGCGGCGGCGGCAGCUGCCACUACAGCCGCCACCUUCAGGGGUGCUCACCUGCGGGGUCGCGGGCGGCCUGUUUAUGGUGCUGUACGUGCAGCUGUCCCGCAGCCGGCCAUUCCAGCAUACCCAGGCGUGGUGUACCAGGAUGGUUUCUAUGGGCCUGCUGACCUCUAUGGUGGCUAUGCAGCGUACCGUUACGCCCAGCCAGCAGCGGUAGCAGGUCCAACGGCGGCAGCGGCAGCAGCGGCAGCGGCAGCCUACAGUGACAGCUACGGUCGUGUAUACACGGCAGAUCCCUACGCCACGGCGUUAGCAGCCCCGGCAGCUGCCGCGUACGGAGUGGGAGCUAUGGCCACCCUCUACAGGGGAGGGUACAGCAGGUUCUCCCCCUACUAAACUCCAAAACCUCCAGACUUCACCAACUCUCCGAAACUUUUAGAAACAGUCAGUCACUUUGGAGCGGAGACGUACUUUUUUUUUGUGUGUGGACAAACGGAAAACGAAACACGCCGCUUUGGAACGAAUACUUGAGAAAGAAAAGUACAUCACUACAAGUGUUUUUUUAAAAAAAUAAAACAACUACAUAACCGUAAAGAACUUGGACGGAGACGUGAGAUGGCUGACUGAGGAAUUGCACGACUGAAAAAAAAGAAAAGAAAAAUUGAAAAAAAAGCUUGAUUAUUACUUCUUCCUUUGGCACGUUUCUCUGCACAUAUGCAUGCAGUAAUGGCUCUAGAGCGCCUCUAGUGGCCACCAAACUACAUGUGCACAGAGUGUCUGGACUUCAACGGACUUUACAAGUUUAUACAUCACUGUUCAGAAGUACCACACUACAUUUACUAUCCCUGUUGGAACACACAAAAGCGAGAUGGCUGCCCAGGCCACGUGGUGGACUGUGAGGUGGGGGGGAGCACGCGAGCCCCCCCCAACAGAGACUGCCCAUAAGCUUUUUUGAGGAAACGGUGAUGUUCUGUAGUGUGAACGGAGGCAACUGUGUGUGAAGUGGCGUUUUUCUCAAAGCGUCAUCCGAGAAACGAACAAACUGAAAUUGAGGGAAAAACGCUAACGGCUGUUACAGAUCGCAGGAAUUUUACGCACGCAUACGGGACGAUGUGUCAUACAUAGCCUACAGAAUCUUGCUUAGAUCCUUGGUUUUUGUUUUUUUGUUGAUAUUGUAAAAUUACCUCCUACUUUGAGGUCUUUUUGAAAAGACAUACCUUUAAAAUUGAAUAGUCAUAAUAUGCAAAUAAACUAGUAUAGAACAAAAAUGUUACCAAACAUUAUUAUUAUUAUUAUUAUUAUUAUUAUUAUUAUUAUUAAUUAGAGCAUUUUUUUUGACAUACCAUUUCUGUGACAUGUUUUUAUUGGCUCCAGUUUAAGUCAGAAGGAAUAGGUAAUGCAACUUUAAAUCAUGUUAUCAAAUGAUCCCACGCAGUGAACAAAAUUACAGUAAUGCCAUCAUGAAUGGCUGAAUAAUGAAAUCACGUUCAGAGAUUAUGUAAAAUGCCCAUUUUUUUUACGGGACUGCGUUGGAUUUCGGCUCUCCUUUUUACAAGAAUCGUUUUGUUUGAAUAUGCAAUCUCCAAACAACAUUUCAGAAAGAGCGGCGAGUGAAAAUCUUCGGAUGUUUUAAAGGUUAACUACAUAGUAUUUUUUACUUUCUCGCUUUGCUAAGUGUCUUUUCUCUAUUUCCUGAUUGAUAUUGAUAUUUUGUCUUUUGAGAUUUUGGUUCCAAAGAUUUGUGAAGCACAUUUUUUUGGUCAUAUGUAUGAGCCUAUAGUAAUUUCUGUUGUUUUUGGCUUUUGUUUUAUUUUUGUAUCUAUAGAUUUUAUUGUUUGUUUGAAGUGGCUUCAAAAACAGUUUGAAUUGGAAUUUGCUGUGUCUUCUGUGCCAUCGACAUCCAAUUUACUACAAGCUAAUUUAUUAACAAACUUUAUCAGUUAAAAACGAUCAGGUUUUAUUUUGUUGUGGUCAGGAUUUUACCGAUGUACAUUCUUUGUCUGGUGCAAGAGUCUUUCAGAAGUGCUGGACGGUGGUGAAAGCAAAAGCGCGGCUUGUCUGGACUGCGUGAACGAUAUACAGAAUCCUGUCGAACACGGUUUUGGUGUUGCUUCUUAGCCAACACCCGUACUGUAGGUUAAAGAAUAGAAAACAUUUCAUAAUUGUAAGCUUUUAGUUUCUCAAAUUCCCUGCAUUUACGUUUCUUUUCGUGUGGUGUAGGGAUUUAAAUUAUAUUCCACUGCUGCGGAGUCACGUGGAACAUUUGUAUUAAGAUUUAAGGAAAUUCCUGCCUUCUCUCUGAAAGCUCAGUGAGAUGGAAGGGGGUUGCUUUUUUCUGUCCAUUAGGUACUUUGCAGUCUAUGCACUAUAUUUCUCAGUGUUACCAAGAAACAAACACCUCAGUACCUGCGAUCUGCCCCCACUCUUCCCCUCGUAGACUGUCCCAGGAGUUAGAUAAAGAGGGUGGAUUUGGUCCGUUUCUGUAAUCCUCUUCUUUCUAGUAUGUUAACUUUCAUAGAGGCGCCAGCGCUACUGUAAACAGUAGCCCAUCGCUGAGGCUUUGGGCAGGCUAGACUCCGCUCCCUUCGGCUGACCAAGACGCGUAGAAUCGGAGGUGGUCUCUUCAGCUCAAGUCAGCCGAGAACUCUAGCCUGAGUCAGAGGAACAUUACUAGAUAUUUUCAGACGGCUGGGAGGAGGAUCAGAGACCCCAAAAGGUGUGCUAGUGUGAGUUUGUUGGAUCUGCAUGUGGAACACAGCUUUUUAAAUAAUGUCCAGUCGUGCAGUCGGGAUGGCGAGAGAACAAUAGCUGCCCACCUUCAGUAGUGUUCCAUUCCUUAUUAUAUAUUCUCCUUUCCAUCUUUGCACAUUAUUAUAUAAUACAUGUUAUGCAUAUUAUCCUUUAGUUUACAAUGUGAGUGUGUUUUUGGUUUGAACUCUUCCUCUCUGCAUACUCAGAUGCCAUUUGUGAUGUAAUUUGUAUCUGAAUGUCCAUAUAAACAAUUUUUUAAAAAUAUA